GUUUGCAACUAUGGUGGUGACAGCCCCAGUCAGAGUGCAAAGAGAAAAUGUGUUAAGCUUCCUAAAUGAUGCACUUGGCACAACUACUGAAAAGACCACACCUGCAAACACAACAGUGUAUCGGAAACCUCCAAAUAAACCAGAGAAAGAGCAAGAGUCCGAAGAUGUGUCAGAGGCAAAUUCUAUGGAGAGUUUUAACACCAAUGGAUUAACAGGACCUGAAGUAUCAGAUAAAAAUGGUGGUGAAAGCAAAGAUGCGAUCAAAGGCCCUGACAGUGAUGAGAUCAUGACUCCUGAAGUUGUGGAGAAAGAUAAGACACAGUCAAGGAGGAAAACCAAUGUGGGGCCGAAGGAUAUGAGCAGUAGGCUGGUUCAGGACCGGGGGAGCAGGGAGCACAGUGGACCACACAGGGAACAGCAAGCAAGCAGAGAGCUGACUGAUCUAAACAGUGAAGAAGGAGUGAUGGUGAAUGCUCAGGGGGCUGAAAAUGUGUCAGGAAAACAAGUUAUCCACUCGAGUAGAGACCAAAUGUCUGGCAGUCUACAAAGGAAGGGAACACCAGGAGGAGCUCAUGGGUUGAACGGUAUGCAGGUGCCAGGCAGGAGCAGAGAGCUGCUGGAUCAGGAUAGUUUGGAGGGAAACAAUGGCAGACCUGCUCCAGUGGGCAACAGAGGAGACACAGACUACGAUGAAACCAGAGAAUUUAUCAGCUCUGAAAGUUAUUUAAUAGCACCUCCAGAGCACAUGCCCAGGAGCCUCUCUGUCCCAGCAGAGAGCCGAGCCUCCUGA